UGUUAUGAGCAGUCAAUCCGACAGCAUUGAACAGGUGUAUUCCAGUUAAGGGCCAAAUCCAUAUACACCAUUGGUAAACAUCUUUCGGAAAAAUUAGCCACGUGUACAUGAGGAAGUUGUUUGCCAUACAUCAAUAGUGAUAUUGACAAAAUGAUGACCUUAUCUUGGAAAACAAUGCUUGGUGUCAGCUCCUUAUUACUGAUGUCAGUAUUAGUGUCAUCUCAAGAUGCUGCAUCAGAAACAAAACCAGCACAAGAAACAGUUCCUGUAGGAGACACACCCCCUGUGUCUUGCACAGUAGAAAUGGACAAGAUCCAAGGUCUCAAAAUUGACAUUGAUGUACUGAGAGCUGAAAAUGAACAAUCCAAAGAACAGAUUACUGAAUUAACCAACCGACUUAACAUUGAAUCUCAAGUUGGCAUUAAACAGAAAGAACAACUAGAGGAAUUGUCUGCUACACUUGCAGAAAAGCAGAAUGCAGAGGCUGUUGUUUUCAAAUAUAAAGAUGAGCUAGAGCGUGUUAUGGGAGAGCUCACUAAUGCUCAAGCACAGACACUCCAAAAACACACUGAAACAGAGGAGCUUAUGGCAAAACUUGCUAGUGUGGAAAGAGAGAGAGAUGAAGCAGUCCAAAAGGUCAAUUCUGGAGCAGAUGAAAACCAGAAACUAGCGGAAGAAAAUGCUGCUAAGUUAGUACAGGCUUUGAAUGAAAACCAGCAGCUGUCCAAUAGCCUAGAAACCUUAAGAGAAGAGAACAAAAAGUGUGGAGAUGAGAAAGUCAGCAUUGAAAGCAUGCUAAGAAAGACUGCUGAAGAUAAAGUCUCCAUUUCUAAACUCCACAUUGAAUGUACUAAAGCCUCCAUGGCAACUGCUGAUGAGCUGAAUGCAAAACUUCAAGUCAAGGCUGAAGACAUUGAAGAACUCGAGAGAUUGAAUGAAGAAUGUAAGAUCAACUCAGAAGCAACAUCCCAGGACUUAAAUGCUCAAUUAGUAAAAAGCAAAGCGGCAGUGAACUCACUUGAAAGUGCAAAGGAUGAGUGUAUUAACAAUAUGAAGGCCCGUACUGAUGAAUUGAAUGCCAAAGUGGCAAUUGGGGAUAAACAGAUUAAAGCCUUAGAUCAAGAAAAUACUGAAUGUAUCACAUCACUCAGUGAAGAGAGAAACAAGGCAAGAGCAACAGAGGAAAGGCGUAAAAUCAAUGAAGAGAGGGAAGAAUCAUUCAAACUUUAUUUCUUUGCUGCUAGUGGACUUCUUGGCUUAGAUGUGUUAUAUACCAUACUAAAGUAUCUCUGUAGUGGUAGCUCUUCACAUGAGGAGGUAGCUGUAAGGGAAGAAGUUCCCACAAAGAAGAAGGGAAACAAAAAGUCAAACUCUAAAAAGAAUAAAUAGACUCAUGAGCUGGUACAAUUGAUGUUCAUGAGCGGAUUUAGGUUUCAUUACAAAAUGCUGAUAGGAUAUUCAGGUUUUUAUUGCACUUUGGAUAAGUGUUACAUUGUUUCGUUUUGUGCUGAUAGGCAUGCUUCUUAUGCUUGCAGGGUCGGUGCAUGUGGGUGGCCACUUCAUGAAUCUUGUCAUCAGAUUUCAGGAUAACCAGUUUUCUGUUUAACUUGAAAUUUUACAGAUACAAGAGCGGACAAGUGCAAAGAUCUGAUUAUGUUUUGGGCAUGUUGGGUAAAUUCCAUGGCAGCCAUUUUGCUCUUCAAAGUGCGAUAUUU